ACCGAUCAAGAAUUUCAGCCAAACUGAAACAGCUCACCUGUCAGCCCGGCAGAAAGAGAGGAGCGACGGGAAAAGCAGACACCUCAGCCUCAGAUCCGGGGAAAACUCACCCCUUACUUUAUUUUUAUUUUUACUGAAAAUAGAAAUUCAUUUUUUUUUUUGUUUUGUUGUCAGAGAGAAAACUUUUCUUUUUGAUCCAGGAGUGAGACGCUCACAUUCCAACAAUAGGGCGUCUUUGUUUUCCAGAGUUUGUUUGUCAGAGUUUGACAGGCGCUUCCGGGUGUCCGAAUGGACAGCAUGAAACCCCAGGAGAUGGAAAUGAAUAACCUUGGAAAUAAUCACGAAAAGGAAGAGGAAGAUCAACAAGAUGCCACACCUAAUGCUAGAACUGCUUUUCUACAGAAUAAUCAAGGAAAUGGGGACACGACACCAUGUAGUGAUGGCACAAAGAAACCGUGUCUAAAGAGCUGUUUCAUCAAAGGAAAAAAAUUAAAAAAAUGGAUCGCCUGCAUAUUUCUUUUUGUCAUUAUUGCUAUUGUGAUUGGCAUCUCAUGUGCUGUGUGCUUUGGUAUUAAAGAAUACGAUGAGGAUGAUGGUGAUGAAACAUAUGACCAAUCGAAGUUCAAUCAGAAGCAGAAAUUUAAUGGCAGCUUCCAGAUCACUCAUGAACCCAUGUCUAAUGAAACACAAGUACUACUUGACCUUCAAGAAAAACUGGCCGGCCUCUACAAAUCCUCCCCUGCCCUGGGACGUUUCUUCUCAGAAGCAGAGACAUUAUUUCCUAGGAAUGAAUCUGCUGUUGUACAAUACAGACUGACAUUUGUCUUUCCAGAAGAGCAGCAGGCAGAUUUAAAAAAAUUUACUCUCAGCCGGGAGAUGGUCUACAACGUGUUCAGGCAGUUCCUUUACGACCAGGAUGAAAAUGAAUUAGGGAAAAUAUUCAUUGAGCCAUUUUCCUUAAAAAUGGACCCGAUACAUUAAUUUAUAAGGUGUUGAGAAAUGAGUUGCUGCAAAACCACCUAAACCUUAAUUUCUGGCUGUGAAACUUUAGUUUGGUGGCCAGUUUACUUGACUCCUGUUGUACACCACAGGCUGAUCAUUCAUACUGCCCAUGUGAAUACUAUCAGAUGAGCAGGUCUGGAAAAUCAUCUGCUGGGGAAAUCCCAAAACACAUGGUUAUUGUUUCUCAUUUAACAUAGAAUACAUUUUUUUAAUGUUGUAUUUUAGAUUUUAUUUUUUAUUACCUUCAUUGCCGAGCCUCAAAGGCUUUUGUAAAAACUUUGUCAAUGUGAAUUAAGUAUGGUUGUACAACGGGAAAAUGAUAAUAAGCUGUUUAUAGAUGUGUUUAUACAGAGAGCUUCAGAUACUGGUUCAGUUUUGAUGUGUGACCAGGCAUGAUUUGUAUACUGUAAAUAAAGCUGCUUGAAACAUUUGCAUAAAGUGCAACAAACACUAGAAUAAACUACAGGGAAUUUAGGAUUUUUUUUUUUCAUUUCCAAGUGAUAAACUUAGAUGCCCAACUAUGAACUGCAAUGUUUUUUUAUU